AUGCAUGUAUAUUUAUUUAUUCUAAUCAUAGCACUUCAAGUACUUGUAAUAGAAGCAGACCAUGAAUCUCCAGCGGCAGAUACGCUGUUUGCAUUGAUGGACAACAAUGAAGACGAUUUUCACCUUCUUGGGUCGAAUAUAGUACAAGUUGACUCGUUAGAAGCGAUAAAUUACAAAGAUUUACGCUAUAAUACCGAUAGAAUAUACAAGCUUAAAAACACGCCAUCAUUAAUCAUACACAAGUCGAAAUUACGACUACAAAAUUUGCAUAAAAUUGGUAAGAAACAUAUACCAGACUGGAUCCAUGUUGGAACCAAUGGCAAAAGUUCAAGGCUGGAGCUUCAUUUCCCAAUUUCAAAAUGUCUAAAUCAGCAGUUUGGGGAUGGAGGAAGUAUAGAUGUGCAAAACACCGUUCUUGCAACAAUGAUAAACACAUUUGAGCUUACGCUAAGUUUAAAUGUAAUUUUCUAUAGUGAAAGAGUGACGCAAGGUUGGGAGUUGACCAAUUCAAUAACAAUGAGAAAUUUGUAUACUUGUACUGUUCCUGAUGGAAUGAUUGGACAGAUUUGGGCAAGAACUGAUGUUAUUGAAGCAAACGUCGACUUGAGCUUAAUUGAAAUUGAAAAUGUUCCCAAACUGAAGAAUAAAAGAAUAAAGUUGAAACUUUGGAAAAAUGUGGGAAAAGUCAAGAUGUUCUUAGGAGGCGGUGGUUCCGGAUCGGUCAAUGGGGCUCAAAAGAGGCCAAUAAUUUCUUGUGUUACUGAUGCAAGAUUGAUAGACUGUCUGGGUAAAAAAUUAAAGACAGGCGGGUUGAUGGUAAUUUAG